ACUUCUUUGACGGUUUACAAUUUCUCUGAUAAUCUGCUUACAGGCAGGCACUCAAAAGCUAGGGUUUAUUCUUAAUCCUUCACCAAUUUUUGCUUUCGAUACGUUAAUUGAAACUGCAGCAGAUAUGGCAGAUGGAUAUUGGAAUACACAACGACAACAACAGCAACUACAUUCUUCAUCCUCACUGCUUAAACGACCUCGUUCUGAGUAUGAUCUCCCACCUUCUGGCUUACCGUUCUCUCAUGACAAGCAUAAUUAUCCGCCACAAAACGAUAUCGGUGGGGCCAAUAACGUAAAGGACACAGAAACCAUUGGAUCUGCAUAUGAUCGUUACCUCCAAAGUGCAAAACUUCCAUCGAGGGAUGCUAGUGGUGGAAUCGCUGGAAUGCAUUCUCUUCCUUUACUGGAUCCGGUUGGAAUGGCCCGUGGUGGGCCCAUGGGCCCAGAUCUUGCAGCAAUUGCCCGGGCCUUUCCAUUUGACCGCCAUUCAUCGCUCGAUUUGAUGGCCCGACCCCCACGUGAAACAUUACCCCUUCCCGCUGAUGCUUCUAGUACUAUAUAUAUUGAAGGACUUCCGUCCAACUGUACUAGGAGAGAAGUAGCUCAUAUAUUUCGUCCGUUUGUUGGGUAUAAGGAAGUAAGGCUUAUAAGCAAGGAAUCAAAACAUCGUGGCGGUGACCCCCUUAUCAUUGGCUUUGUGGACUUCACUACUCCAGCGUGUGCUGCAACUGCAUUGAGUGCUUUACAAGGUUAUAAAAUGGAUGAACAUGAUCCCAGCUCGUCAAGCCUGAGGCUGCAGUUCUCAAAGAAUCCAGGUCCGCGAUCUGGAACUGCACGGCGUGGCGGGAGGCGAUGAGCUGGCAUGCAGGCGAAGAUAAUAAUAAUUCUUAUUAUUUCUGUUUAUUUAUUGUGCUCGGGUUGCCCUAUUUAACCUGUUUAGUUAACAGGUCAUGUUUGGAUAUACAUGUCUAACCCGUAACAGAGACCGCCAACCCUUUUAAAGUUGCAAUACAUAUAAAAAACAUUGAUAAGGUCUAUUGGCCGGCUCAAUUAUGAUCCGUUAAAGUUUAA